UCGUUGUAUCUUUUUAAUACACCAUUUGUGAUUUGUCAUAACUCAUAGAAUUAGAUUCUUUAUUAUCUAUGCCUAUUGUAUAUUUUGGAUUUCGAACUUCGUACCUUCUAGACUUUAGUAUUAGAAACUAGACAGUAUUAGUUGUAGGCAUUUCAGUAUUAAUUUAUCUUGACUUCUAAUCAGACUUAUGAAUUGGUUGAUAAGUGUUUUUUUUUCAAAUUACGGCCUUAGAUUAUAACUCGACUAAAUACUAACUGAAGAACAUUAAUUAAUUUUUGUGUUAACGCUAAAAACAUUCCAUUUCAAGUUUUUACACCUAAAGUUGCAUAAUGAAUUCAAACACAAAUAAUAUAAUUAAUUCGAAAAAAGUUUGUACAAAAUUGUAUGUAUUUAUAGUUGUUUUUUCAUUUCUCAGUAGAGAAGUUUACUCAGAAUGGAACACCAGAGAUUAUAUGAAACGCGAUCAUUCACUUUUGAAACCAUACCAAGGAUCUGGCAUAACAGUACCAAACUGGGACUUUAUGGGUUCCACUAUAGUGACAGACAAAUAUGUGCGACUAACACCUGACUUACAAAGCAAGUCUGGUUCAAUAUGGAACUCUAUACCUUGUUAUGUCAAUAAUUGGGAAUUGCAAGUACAAUUCAAAAUCCAUGGAAAAGGAAAAGAAAGUCUUCACGGUGAUGGGAUGGCUAUUUGGUACACCCGAGAAAGAAUGAAACAUGGGCCAGUUUUUGGCAAUAAAGAUUUUUUUGAAGGGCUCGCUGUUAUAAUUGAUACAUAUAGUAAUCAUAAUGGAGAACAUAAUCAUCAACAUCCUUAUAUUUCAUCAAUGAUUAAUAAUGGGUCUUUGCAUUAUGAUCAUGAUCGCGAUGGAACCCAUACAGAAUUGGCAGGUUGUGAAGUUAAAGUUAGAAAUUUACCAACUGAAACUCAUGUGUUAAUAAGAUACACUGGCAAUACACUAACUGUAAUGACAGACUUAGAAGAUAAAGCAGUAUGGAAACCUUGUUUUACUGUUGAUGGCGUUGAAUUGCCGACUGGUUACUAUUUUGGAUUUUCGGCAGCAACAGGAGAUCUAUCAGAUAACCAUGAAAUUUUAGCUGUUCGACUAUAUGAAGUGGAUUCUGAUGAUCCUAAUGAAGCUCUUAAGGAUCGUUCAAAUAUAAUUCCCAAUGCUAAAAUAUCCAGUCCGCCUAGAGAACAUAUUGAAGACACGAAGAGUCAAAGUUGGAGUGGCUUAAAGAUAUUUUUUAUCGUUCUAUUUGUAAUUAUUUUAAUUGCUGCUAUAAUUGUUGGUGGUGUAUGGUAUUGGGAGUACCAGCAAACUCAGUCACAUAAAACAUUUUAUUAAAAAUAUAGAUAAAUUUUGUAAAAAAAAAAAUAAAUAUUUAUUAAAAAUUCAACAUUGCCAUCACAAAAAAAUAAUAAUAAUAAAACAAUAAUCAUAUUAGUUUUUAUUAUUAAAAAUAUGAAAACAAAUUAUUACAUACCAUGUUUCACUAAAUCAAAUUUCAGUAAAAAAUUAGGUCAUUUAUUUAACUGUAGACUUGUGUGUUUGUGUAUUAAAAUUUUUUUGUAUAUGUACGGUAUUUGUGUUCCAUUUAAAAUUCCAUUCUAUCUAUAUAUUAGUCAUUAGAUUUUAGACUGUUGUAACAUAGAUUAAAUACACCCAUACACAUGAUCUACUUAUAUUACUAUAUAUUAAGUCUAAUUAUAAAUUUUUUUUUUAAUCUGUUAUAGCAGACCUGUUAUUAAGACUGCUUGUUAGGUUAUGUUAAUCUAACCAUUAUGAUGUAUAACAAUAUACCUAACAGUUUAUGUUACUGUCGGAUAAGAUCACAUUUGUUUUAUAUAAUGAAAAUACAGUCAUUCAAAGGAAUUUUUUAUAAAAUGGCAUUAGUCAAUACUAUUCUUAAAGUAUGACUGUACAAUACCUAUGAUAAUAGUACUUAUCACAAUUAAAAUUAAUUUUGUAGUGAA